GAUUGUGAUUGGUGGGCUGGGCAGUGAAGCUCAAGAGAGAGGCGUGGCGUGGCGGGCAGCGGAGGGAGGAUGGCGGAGGGCGAGGAGGGGCCGUCGAGGCGGAGGGAGGCCGGGGCUCCGCCUGGGCCCAGCGGCGACACGGGGCAGAGGGACAAGAAGAGAAGCAGGGAAGCCUCGCUGGAGAAACGGCCGUACAUCAUGAGCAAAACGCCAUCCAUUCAAGACAAGCUACAGAAGCAUCGGGAGAUGGCGAAGGCGAUGCUGCGGAGGAAAGGUGUGCUCGGGGGGACCAUCCGGCAGCAACCCAAACUUGCAGGCAAGAGGUCGGUGAAGUUCAAUAAGGGCUACGCUGCUCUCAGUCAGAUCUCGGAUGAAACCCUGGUGUCCUUGGAGUCAGACAGUGACGGGGAGCUGGAAUCCCGAUGUUCUUCUGGCUACUGCUCUGCAGAGGUGAACCAGGACCUCAGCCGCCAGCUGCUGCAGGACGGAUAUCACCUGGACGAAGUCCCGGACGAUGAGGACCUCGACCUGAUUCCUCCCAAGCCCGUCUCGUCCUCGCCUUGCUCCUGUUGCUUCGGGGAAUCCGCCUCUUGCUCCAUCCAGUGAAGGGCAGUCCGGAAGGGCGACGUGGCACAGGGUCAAGACACCAGCACUUUUUUAUUUGGGGGAAGAGUGGGGGGGGGGGCCUGUGGAUCCCCGACAGAAGUAGCUGAGCCCGCCGUCGAAACACGGGUCAAAGCAAUUGAGCGGGCCGGUGGAACAGGGCACUCUGUCACAUCCUCUGGGUCUUCUUGGAAACGCCGAGCAUUUUCUCCCAAAAACGAUUUCUGCAGCGCACACUCGGGACGGCUGGGGAAAACAGCUUGCCGGUUAUCUUGCCGAGGCGCGUGUCUCGGUGGGAAGGAGCCGCGCGGCCGGCGGGAGAAACGAUCCGGGUCCGAUCUUUCGGAGGCAAGCUGCUGAACUCUCAUUUUGCGAAAGGAGAUACGAAGUGAAGGCAGCCUGGGACUCUCUUUGAUUUAUAAAUCUUUGGAGUUGUGAGAAAGACCGUGGAGGAUCCGAGUAAGCAGUUUUUUCCCUUUCCCUUUGCACUUUCAAACCUUACAAGGGAACGAUACAGGUGCUGAAGUAAUUGCAAGGCAAUGUGUCUUCAUAGGGUGGGGCAGGACGGGAGCAGAGGAGACUCUGCAAAUGGAACUUGGACAGCUCACCGGUGAACCAGAUUCUGGAGCCUCACCUCUUAAUCUGGUGGCUUUCCUGGUUUUUGUUUUUACCCCCACCCUCUUCCUCAUCCAGAGGUAUUUGAGGGGGCCAGGAGCACAGUCUCGAGCAUAAGUAUCAGGCCUUGUAAGAGACUUCCCCCCGACCUCUGGAGGUUGUAUGGGUUUUGUUUGGGAAAGGGGCUUUGGUUUACACUUCCAAGGCUGAUCUUUUCAGACAGGCCCAGAAGAUGGUGUCAAGAGUCUGGCCUGGAGCCCCUUAGUUUGUAGCUGUUACUUUUGCAUGCUUUGGUAGCAGGCUGAGCAGGUUCAAGACAAGCCGGUCUCCUUCCCCCUUCAGAAGCAAAAAGGAAUUCCCAGAAUCUUGGGGAUCAAGUCCUUCCGCACAUUUGCACUAGACUGAAUCAUCUGCUGUCUAGCCUGGCAGGAUCUCCAUAGGGCCCGCUUGGCUGGAGGGGACGUUAACCAGCUCACUUCACAACUCAGUCGCAGCUCACCCCCACCUUCCUGCAUGGGGGCCAAUCGUAAAAAGGCCAUUUCUCGUUUUCAUAUUAACUCCAGGAAGCUUUAUGCAAGGGUAACUAUUUCAUGUGAAGUUAGUGAUCCUUGAGGUCAAAAUAGCCUAGAUUUGCUUUUAACCCCUCCCCCCCCCUGGUUUGUCUAGGUUGCUUUUACAUAGCAAUUAUAGAAGGAUGUUACCAGCAUGACAGACCGGUUCUUUCCUAAUUGAUGAAGGAUUGUGUUUUGGAGCGAGCUUUGCUAGCCACUGAGGCCGCUGGCUCUCUCCCCUUUUCGUAGUGACUUGCCGUGUGUAAAACUUGGGCGGUCUUAUACUGGGCGGGUUGGGGGCGGAGAUAGAAAAAAGGGAACGAACGCUUCAAAAGGUCAUUGAACAAAGUUUGAGCCCAGCGGCACUUCCAUCAGAUACACACGAAAGCUGACGAGCAGAAUUACUUAGUUGGUCUUCAAGGUACCACUGGUCUCAAAAGUUUUUUCUGUCGCUUCAGAUCAACCCAACUGAACGUAACCUAAAAGUUCAUGUUUACUUGCCCGCCGUUCAGGUUGCAGUGCUGGAUAUCGCCUCUGCAGUUGACACUACAGCGUCCGUAUUUGCUAGAAACGCUUUCUUUUUUUUCUAUUUUCACUAACGUGGAUUCUCCAAAUCCCUCCUCAAUGCUGGUUUCUCCAAGCAUUCCAAAAUAACCUUUUUCUGCCCCGGGCCAUCUCCAUUAGAUGUAUCUUGCCGAAAGCUGCUGUGAGAUCAACCCACCUGAAUGUAACUUAAAAGUUCAUGUUUACUUGCCCGCCGUUCAGGUUGCACUGCUGGAUAUCGCCUCUGCAAAUGACACUACAGCUUCCAUAUUUGCUAGAAACACUUUCUUUUUUUUUUUCAAUUUUUAAUAACAUGUGGAUUCUCCAAACGCCCCCCUGUAUGCUGUGUUUCUCAAAGCAUUCCAAAAGAACCUUCUUCUGCCCCAGGCCAUCCCCAUUAGCCGUAUCUUGCCGAAAGAAAAGCCUGCCCCUUUUCUGGUUGUGAGAUCCCCAAAAGGACAUCCUUGCCCGGGCCAGCUCUGCAAGAGGAUUCCUGGUGGGACGCUGAAGAUUCCCUUUGGGGUGCUGCGCUCCUACUUAACCAAAGGUCAGAACGUACCCUGGGGGCUGCCCCACAGACGUAUCCUUGCUUCGUUGCUCUGCUGGGAAAUAAAGUCGCGAGCGAGUGAAGGACAGGGAGAAACUGCCUUUGCAACCCGUAAAGGCAUGGCAUAUUUUGCAGGGCAGGUCCCUGGUGGAGCCGGCUUCCUUAUGAAGGCAGCUUUCUUUACUGACCUUUGGUUUUCUUAUUUGGGUGCUGGGUGCAGUGUUUUCUCCUGGUGGCGAAAGGCAGAAGACGUGCAGCUGGCCUUUUGGAAGCUUCGGUGUAAUAAGCUUUUAACGGAUCCGGAUUUGGGGGGGGGGGGGGCGGAAGUACAUAGCAGGUGGGUAGAGACAACAAGCCCCCUCCCCCUCCACAAGCUCAGCAGGUGAAGGUGGAAAUCCCAAGGUGGAGACGGUCGACUCUCCGUCCCUUCCAGGAGGGACUGCGAAAGCUGCCUUAAAUAUACUGACAUGCACAGAGGACAAUCUUACUGAAUAUUUAAUAGUAUUAUAUAUUAGAGGAUUAUCAGUUUUGUAGAUGGCGAUCAAGGGAAGUAUAGCAAUAAAACUCCGCCUUGUACCGCA